AAGAAGCUUUGCAGUGGGCUUUCUCCCCCGCCCCCCUCCCCCCCCCUCAAGCAAUGGACGCUUUUGGUUAGCUUCGGGCUGCUAAAAUCACGUUUAGAAAGCGCGGUUUGGUGUGCGCAGUGCAAGUCUGAGCAGCCGUGGCGCUCAAGAAGCUCGUGUUCUAAUUUGGCCGUGAGGACGAAACACAAGUCUGCUCCGAAGCAGCACGGCCACACCAGAGUUUAAGAUGCCCUAGGCGGGGAGAAGAGAAAUGUAAAUGGCUUCCAAAGUAAAAGAUGCUGUGGUGUGGUAUCAGAAAAAGAUUGGCGCCUACGACCAGCAGAUAUGGGAGAAAUCUGUGGAACAGCGAGAAAUAAAGGGCUUGAGGAACAAGCCAAAGAAGACGGGUCAUGUCAAACCAGACCUCAUCGAUGUGGACUUGGUUAGAGGCUCGGCAUUUGCCAAAGCCAAACCAGAGAGUCCGUGGACGUCACUGACCAGGAAAGGCAUCGUCAGGGUUGUCUUCUUCCCAUUCUUUUAUCGAUGGUGGAUCCAGGUCACCUCCAGAGCCAUAUUCCUCUUACUGCUGGCUCUCUAUCUGCUGCAAGUGGUGGCAGCGGUCCUGUACGUGACCAUCCCCGAGCCUCAUGGGAUUCCGGCCACAGAGGUUUUCGGAGCCAUCUGGCUCAUGUUGCUGUUGGGAACUGUUCACUGUCAAAUCGUCUCCACCAGAACCCCAAAACCCGCCUCCAGCAGCGGCGGGAAGAGACGCAGGAAGUUGAGGAAGGCAUCUCAGAUGGAGGUGCAUAGGGAAGGAGAUGGGUCUAGCACUACCGAUAACACUCAGGAGGGGGCGUUACACUCCCACUCAACCUGCACCACAUACAGCCUGGGUGCUCUCUUCCAAGAUUUCUGGCAUGAUAUCUGUAAAGCUGGAUCCAAGAAGUCCAAGUUGUCCAUCGACAAGUCCACAGAGACGGACAACGGUUACGUGUCGCUCGACGGCCGCGUGAACAAUCGCAGCAGCGAAGAGGGGCUUCAGCUCCACGAGCAGCGAUGUGAUUUGCUGAACAGGGCAGAUGAGGUCUGCUGGAACCCGCUUGCCCCGCCCGCACACGGACACGCCCCCCGCAGCACGGGGCUGAUGCUGGCCAGUGGGAACAAGGAGCCGGCGUCAGACGAGGCGUCCAGUGAGGAGGACCCCGAAGUGUCCUACAGGGGUGUGGACAGAAAGAACAGCGACUGUACACUCCGAAACCGCAAGAACAUCAACCACUAUAAGAAGCACUACACAGCGGAGGAUGUUCCGAAAUCUGGUACCAGCUGCAGCUCCAGAUGCUCCAGUUUGAGGACUCACGACUCGGAGAGCACUCGACACGAGUCCGAGACUGAAGACCUGAUGUGGGAGGACUUCCUGCACUGUGCUGAGUGCAGAUCUUCCUGCACCUCAGAGACAGAGGGUGAAGGAGGCGGCGUGGCCGUCUGCCCGUCGGCCAAAAAGGAAUACAGAGACGACCCGUUCCAUCAGGGUCACGUUCCCUGGUUGCACAGCUCCAACCCCGGCCUGGAGCGCGUCAGCGCCAUCGUGUGGGAGGGAAACGAGUGCAAGAAGGCUGACAUGUCCGUCCUGGAGAUUAGCGGCAUGAUCAUGAACCGAGUAAAUCUCCACACUCCGGGUAUCGGUUACCAGAUCUUUGGAAACCUGGUGUCCAUCACACUCGGACUGACGCCUUUUGCUUACAGACUCGCUCAGUACCGCGACCUGGAUCAGCUGACUGCGCUUUCAGCCAACGAGCUGCUGUCCGUGGCACUGGGUGGCGGGUUGGGCUCGGAUGCCUUAGUCAUCACCAUGGUAACGCUGAGCUUCCUGGUACGCAUUUGCCUUAUAUGGCUGUUCUUCUUCCUGCUCAGCGUAGCAGAAAGGACGUAUAAACAGAGGUUGCUGUUUGCCAAACUGUUUGGUCACCUAACUUCGGCCCGCAGAGCCCGAAAGUCUGAGGUCCCCCACUUCAGACUGAAGAAAGUUCAGAACAUCAAGAUGUGGCUGUCGCUGCGCUCCUACCUCAGGAGACGGGGUCCUCAGCGCUCGGUGGACGUGAUCGUGUCAUCGGCAUUCCUCCUCACGUUAUCUGUCGUCUUCAUCUGCUGUGCUCAGCUGCUCCACGUGCACGAAACCUUCCUGGAGUGUCACUAUAACUGGGAGCUGGUGAUCUGGUGCUCGAGUCUGUCUCUGUUCCUGCUCAGAUUCGUCACUCUGGGCUCGGAGACCAGCAAGAAGUACAGCAACACCUCCAUCCUGCUCACUGAACAGAUCAACUUGUACCUGAAGAUGGAGAAGAAGCCAAACAAAAAAGAGGAGCUGACUCUGGUCAACAACGUCCUCAAACUGGCCACGAAGCUCCUCAAGGAGUUGGACACUCCCUUCAGACUGUACGGUUUGACAAUGAACCCGCUGCUUUACAACAUCACCCAGGUGGUCAUCCUGUCAGCCGUGUCCGGAGUCAUAUCCGAUUUGUUAGGAUUUAACCUGAAGCUGUGGAAGAUCAAAUCAUGACAUCGAACAGCGCUGAGCCGCCGCUGCCUGACUCGCUGGACGGUCAACUAAACGUCUGUCUGGACAUAUCAGAGUGCUUUGAACUUCAACGUUCCCACUUUGUGCAAUUUGCAAACUAUUUAUUUACCCACUCAGUGUUUUUAUUUAGGUUUUAUUUGAAUUUUAGUUUGUUUCACAUUGUGUUUGAUGACAGAAAACACUGCAAGAUUUUACCUGACUAUAAAGUUACGAAAGUAUUACAAGCAUAAGUUAUCGUUUAAGUGGUUUCAGUUCUCAGCUGCAUUUGGACCGUUUUUUUGGUUUGUUCAGACUUUUGAAGGCAAGUUUUUGAGCUUUGAGUAUUUUUUCUUUCUUUGGAUAAACUGAAAGUUAUUUAAGUUGAACUUGUUUCUUAAAACUUUAAGCUGAUGUGGAUAAAAUGUUAUGGCAGCGUUUGUUUCCGGGACAACAGAAGAAUAGAUGUUGCUUUAUUUGUGAUAAAAUAAUGAAGUUUAUGUAAGUAAAUGCAUAUAUACAUUUUACUGUCAACUUGCAGUAUGUUUAAAGAAAAUUAUAGACUGUUUGACACGGCCAUUCUCUCAACCACAUGUAGGGACCUGCGUCCCGUAAGGGGUGCAGUGUUUGUUUUUGCCUGAAUUUUUCGUGGGUGGUUGACCAACGCAGUUCCAGCUCCUUCAUAACCCGAGAGGGUAUUCACAAAGCUAGCGCUGAUAUAGCUUCAAAAAAUACCAUCAAAUAUGUUUAAAUAAGAUUGGUUAAGCACAAAAAAGUAGUAAUAAAUACAUACCCUGAAACACAAUCGCAUCCCGCUUUUACUGCUGUUAGUACACAGCAGCCAAAUAGAAUAUCGUUCUGGUGUCUGACGUUCCUCCAGUUUCACACGGAUUCCGAUGCAAGUUAUCGUCCCGUUCGAUACCUCCAAGUACUAUGAGUUCCACAUGACUAUCAGUAAACAUCCAGUAGCCGUUGUGAUAUUUGUGUCACCUGACUCUUUGAUUUGUCCGUCCACAGUCAGUAAGUAAUAGCGCUAACAGUAACAGCUGGUAGCUGUUUCAAAUCCCGUGUCCACACCACAGUUGUCCCAUUGAGCCAUCCGGCACAGUAUUCUCUCUCUCCUCUUGGUCACACUUCUCCAAAAUGGGAUAAACUUGUGUGGCUUGCUCUGGGCGACUUGCCGGCUGCCGGCGUAGUUUUCUACUGCAGGGAAUGCCUCCUUACAGCCAGAAAUCUUUGAGCUAAUCAAUGAUGACAAUACUUUGAGAUAACGCAUGUGAAAGUUAACAGUAAAAUAAUUACAAAAUAAAGCACAUUAGCCAGGUGCUGCUCAGCAAAAAUAAUCACUGCUGCUGGAAGUGCAUUGAUUGGCUUUAAAGAAAAAAAGAAAUUUAUGGAAAUCUCACAACAGAAGGAAAAACAUGACAUUACUGAACACAGUGAAUCUAGAAUAUAUAUAUAUAUAUAUAUAUAUAAACAUGAAAUACAGCACCGUCUCAGCCUUGUUUUUGUGUCUAAGUGCUGCAUUUUAAAGGAUUUACACUUUAAACCCCUGCAAGAAAAAAGUAAUUUAUUUUGGGAACUAGAAAAUAUGCUCAUUGUAACGCAUUGGUCUUAAAUUUGGUUGUUUGCCCAAAACGUUUUUCCCCCCUUCACCUACCAGUUGACAAGUAAAAUUUGGCAUUUUGUUUGUUUGAAAUCUUUUUAAAUGCUGAAUCCAGUAUUUUAUUUUAUUUUUUUGGUUCAUACAAAAAGCCUUGUCAUGAAUUUUGUUACAGUUCAAUGUUUAAAUAUUGUCUGUCAAUCAUGAUCCAUUAAGUCAAUCACUUCAGAUUCUGUGGGUUUAGUUUUUGAGGGCUAAUCUGAAAAUCAUCAUCAGUUUCUCAGUUUCUGAACUCUGCAGAUAGAAUCUGAGCAUCAGUGAAGAUAUGCACUUUAAGAUACUUUGUUUUGAAUGGAAAAAGUUAUACUUCAAUGUCCCCACCCCGUUUUGUACUUUGCUUGCUUGAGACUGUGUGUACAGAUAAUGUAUCAAUAACUCACUUUCUGAAUGUGGUACCUGAAGUUUCACCCACAGAAAGUUCAAAUCUCAUUGUAAAUGUGGCUUUAAAAAAAAAAAACAAAUAAGCUGACAUGAACCACAUGGAGUGUUUGAGGAAGACCAAAGUGCUUUUAUUUUCUUGUCUCUGCUGGAAAAGAAUGUAUUUACAGCAAACGCUUUACAGUUCACUUAUUUCCUUUUGGAAAUACUUUGAAGGUGUAUUUUUUGUUCUUUGAUUUGCAAGGGCGGGUGUGUCCCGCCGGGUGGAACUGAGACAAACAUUUCACCGUCUAAGGAACAAAGUUGGACACUGAAAGUGAAACAAGGUAAAAGACUCGACUUUAUGAUUCUGUUGUCAGAGUCUGAAGAUUUAAGCUUUUUUGUUUUUUUUUUUGUGGGUUUUUUUUGUGAACUGGUCUGUCCACAAGUCUACAUUUUUAUAAGAAAAUAAAUAGAAAUGGAC